UUGACCAAUACCUGCGAAUUGAACACUACUUAUGAUUACGAUGAAGUCUUUGUUCCUAAGGAAGUCGAAACCAUCGUUUAUGAUAUCGAAGGAGUCCCAGAAUCCGAAUAUCGAAUUACGAAGAGAACUGUGAUGAUGCCAUUAUACAAUCCAGAUGACAGAUCAUUGAUCACAUCUGUUAUUGUCGAUAAAAGACCAAACGAAACUGAUACAAGUCAAAAUCCGACUCAAACAGUUGAACCAGAGAAGAAAAUCUACGAAGAUAAGAUACCGAAAACACAAUUAUAA